AAAUCGCCAAUCAAUACUACAUACAAAUGUCCUGUAUCUCUUUGACCCUCUCCUCUUUUGAUCUCUGCGUUCUCUUUCCUUUCCUUUUUUUCCCUUCUAAUCUGUCUGAUACCAAUUCUUUCCUUGUGCUUGAGAAUGGAAGAAACUGCUUGGAAUGCUGGUUUAGAAGUUGGAAAGUGCUUAAGUGCUCCGAUUGGGCGUCAGUUUAUGUACUUGUACAACUACAAAACCAACUUUCACAAUCUUGAAAAAGGAGCCGGAAAGCUGAAGGAUGCAAGAGAUGAAGUGAAGGCUAAGGUUGUUGCUGCUGAAAAUAAUGUGGAAAAGAUCAAACAGAAUGUUAAGGACUGGCAGGGGGAUGUGGAUUCCACCAUCGAAGAAACAGACAAGCUGAUUCAAGACAAAUCAAACAGCAGUUGUUUCAAGUUGAUCACUUGCUACAAAAAUGGCAGGAAAGCAUGGAAAAAGCUGAACGCUAUAACUGAACUUCUUCAAGAAAAAGAAACAUUUGCUGAAGUCUCUCUUCCUACCUCUCAUGAAGUCAUUCGGCUCACUAACAAAGAUUAUGAGGAAUUUGAAUCAAGAAGGUCAAUUUUCAAUGAUGUGCUGAAGGCAUUAGACGAUCCUGAGGUGGGAAUUAUUGGGGUUUAUGGGAUGGGUGGAAUUGGUAAAACCACACUGGUCAAAGAAGUUGGUCAUCAAGCCAAGAAACAUCUGGUCAUGGAUGAGGUGGUUUUCGUAGAGGUAUCUGAUAAACCAGAUACUAAAAAGAUUCAAGAUGAACUUGCGUAUCAGUUAGGUUUGGAAUUUAAGAAGGAGGCUGAACGAGCGAGCAAGUUGUAUGCGAGACUGAAGAAUGAUAAGAAAGUGCUUGUAAUUUUAGAUAAUAUGUGGGAACAAUUAGAUUUGCAGGCUCUCGGUAUUCCUUCUGGAGAUGACCGUGGGGGAUGUAAAUUAUUGCUGACAGCAAGACAUCGUAAUGUAUUAUGGAGAAUGGAUUGUAAGACGGAUUUCCCGAUAGGUGUCUUAAAGGAAGAAGAAGCUUGGAGCUUGUUUAAGAAGAUGGCAGGUGAUGUGGUUGAUCAAACAAAUAAGCUGAAUUCUCUGCCGCAUGAUGUAUGCAACGAAUGUCGAGGUUUGCCAAUUGUCAUUACUACUAUAGCAAGAGCAUUAAGAAACACGAGACAUCAAUUUCAAUGGAAAGAUGCUCUGCGAGAACUAAGAAAACCUUCUCCAACAAAGUUUGCAGGCUUGCUAGAAAAAGAAUAUAGAAAUAUAGCAUUGAGUUACAAUUAUCUAAGAAGUGAUGAGCACAAGAAAACUUUGCUAAUUUGUAGCCUAAUGGUAAAUGAUACUACCAUUUCAGACUUGUUCAAACUCAUUAUGGGUUUAGAUAUACUGGAAGAAGCUAACCUUACUAUGGAAGAAGCACGAAAUAAGUUGGAAAGUCUUGUCUGUGAACUCAAGGACUCUUGUUUGUUGCUUGAUGGUUCAACCAGUGAAAAGUUUUCUAUGCAUGAUGUUGUUCGUUUAAUUGCCAUUACAAUUGCAUAUAGUGAUCAUCACGUAUUUACAGAGCGAAAUGUCAUGGGGAGGGAAUGGUCAAAUGAAGAACUGAAAAAAUGCACUCAAAUCUCACUUGCUAAUUGUAACAUGAAUAGUGAGAUUUGGCCUCAAGGUUUGGAUUGUCCAAAACUUGAAUUUUUCAGUAUGAGGAUACAGGGUUCUUUUGAAAUUCCUGAAAGUUUUUUCAUAGGGAUGCGAAAUGUCAAGGUUCUAAGUUUCUUUAACCUGAAGGCAUUGUCCUUGCCAGCACCUCUUGGUCUUCUUAUAAAUCUUCAAACACUGUGUUUGAAUUAUGGCAAAUUUUCAGAUAUAACAAUCAUUGGAGAGUUGAGAAAACUAAAGAUUCUUAGCUUGCGACAUUGUAAGAUUAAGCAGUUGGUUGGAGAAAUAGGUAAAUUAACUCAGUUAAGGGUAUUAGAUUUAAGUGAUUGUGAGAAACUAGAAGUUAUAGUACCGAAUGUUAUAUCAAGCUUAUUCCGAUUGGAAGAAUUGUAUAUGAAUGGAUGCUCUAUUUCAUGGAAGCUUGAAAUACUUGAGGAGUUGAAGCAUUUGUCUCAAUUGACGACUUUAGAAAUAGAUAUUUCUGAUGAUCAAAUAUUGCCAAAAGACUUCAUCUCCAAAAAGUUAGAAAGGUACAAAAUAUCAAUUGGAAAUGGGGCUACUAAUUUUGGUGGGUACUUCAUAGAUGGUGGUUAUGGGGAGUACAUGGACGUUGAAAGCUAUUCAUUAAAUAAGCCUGCUGCUUUAAGAACACUGAAACUGAGUCUUAAUUCUUUCAUUUGGCAAGAGGAAUUGCAGUUGUUAUCGAAUGUUGAAUUCUUAUGCUUAGACAAAUUGCAGGGUAUCAAAAAUGAUCUCUCCGAAUUAGACAAGAAGGGUUUUUCUCAAUUAAAAUAUCUUCGUGUCCAUAAUAACCCUAACAUCUUGUGCAUUGUUGACUUAACAAGGUGCAUACCUCAUGAUGUCUUUCCACUCCUAGAGUCUCUAAUUUUUUUCAACUUGAUUAACUUGGAAAAGAUAUGUUAUGGUCUACCCUCAACAAAGUCUUUCUACUACUUAAAAUAUAUAGAACUGAAAAGUUGUGAUAAGUUGAAAAAUAUCUUCUCAUUCUCCAAUGCUAGCAAAAGUCUUCCACAACUUCAAAAAAUUAGGGUGGAAGAUUGCAGGAAUUUGACUGAAAUUUUUGCUGUUGAAAGUAAAAAUAGAGCAGACAAGAAUGGAGUAAUUGAUAAGAUUGAAUUCUGUCAAUUACGCUUCUUGACUUUGCUUAAUCUUCCAAGGAUUGCGAGCUUCUACUCAGAUAUCAAUUCUGAGGAUGAGGAAAUUGAUGUUGUCAUGCCAUUUUUCAACAAAAAGGUUGUUUUCCCUAGAUUGGAAGAAUUAAAUCUAGAAGCAAUUAAUUCUGAGAAGAUUUGGGGCAACAAACUUCCAGCAACCUCUUGUUGCUAUCAGAAUUUGAAAAAAUUGAUUGUGGAUGGCUGUCAAAAGCUAAAAUUUGUAUUUCCAUCAUUUAUAGUCAAAAACUUUGAGCAGCUUCAACACUUUGAGAUAAGUUAUUGUAAGGAAUUAAAGGAGAUUGUUGCCAGAGAAGAAACAAAGGGUAUUACUACAUUUAACUUUCCAAGGGUGGCCUUGUUGAAACUCAAAGAAUUGCCAGAGCUUACAACUUUCUGCCAUGGUAAACACAAUUCAAAUUGGCCCAUGUUAAAGGAGUUGGAGGUGUGUAAUUGUGACAGACUAGACAUAUUUUCUUCAGAAUAUAAGGUUAUUGUCCCCAAUUUGGAGAUCUUAAAAUUGGCUCCAGUUAAUGCUGAAAUACUUUGGGAUAGUCAACUUGCAGCAACUUCUUCUUGCUAUCAAAACUUGACACGCUUAAUUGUGGAUGGUUGUGAAAAACUAAAAUAUGUAUUUCCAUCUUCUAUGGUGAAAAGCUUUGAGCAGCUUGAACACAUUGAGAUAUGCAAUUGUAGUGCAUUGAAGGAGAUUAUUGCAAAAGGAAUAGAAGCAACCAAUACAUUUGUAUUUCCACGAGUAACCCUUCUAAAACUGAAGGAUUUGCCCAAACUUACAACUUUCUAUCCUGGAGUACACACUUCUGAAUGGCCAGUGUUAAAAAAGUUGGAGGUGCAUAAUUGUGACAAAGUAAAAGUAUUUACUUUAGAAUAUAUGAGCUUCCAUGAUAAUAAUGAGGGUCAACAUAAUAUUUGGGAGAAACAAUCCCUCUUCUUGGUGGAAAAGAUUAACCUCAAUUUGGAGAAAUUAACCCUAAGCAGAGUGGAUGACAUGAUAACAUUGCUGCAUCAGUUUCCAGAAAACUUUUGUAGAUGUACAGUUAAGAUCAAACAAGAUAAAUCUGCCAAUAUUUCGGUUGGCAUCCUUCAGAGAUCGGUUAAGCUGGAAAAACUCGAACUCAGUGACUGUUCAUAUGAAGAGAUAUUUACAUGUGGAGAGGAUGAGAAAGAUACAAAUAUCUUGAUACACAUAAAAGCUUUGAAGUUGAGUUAUCUUUCUGAUGCAAAGUACCUUUGGGGAAAAGGCUCCAAACUAAACUCUCUUCUUCAAAAUCUUGAAGUUCUAGAAGUAUAUGGUUGUGAAAGAAUGAUAAAUGUUCUGCCAUCCUCAGCAUCUUUUGAGAAUCUAACAGUUUUGAUUGUAGAGUGGUGUCAUGGAUUGAUGAACUUACUCACACCUUCAAUAGCAAAAAAUUUGGUGCAGUUGAGAGAAAUGAAAAUUCAAGGUUGCGCAAUGAUAACAGAAAUAGUAUCAGAUAAGACAAAUGUAGCAGCAGAAGAUGAAAUUGUUUUUGGAAAAUUGAAAUUGUUGUCACUUGACUACUUAGAAAGUCUCACAUGCUUUUGCCCUGGGGAUUAUGCAUUGAAAUUUCCACAUUUGGAAGAAUUGGUUGUGAAUGCUUGUCCUAAGAUGAAGACUUUCUCUAUAGGAAACUUAUACACACCAAGUUUACAGAAAGUUCAACAAGAUCGGUGGGAUAAAGACAAAUGGGGUUGGGUGGGUAACCUAAAUGCAACUAUACAACGUCUGCACGAAGAAGAGGAUAACUCCAAGUCAGACGAAUUGACACUAAGUGGAAAAGACGUCACACUUGUAUGGCAAGACCAGCUUCUAGAACAUCAGUUUUUCAAAGUGAAAAUUCUUAAGAUCAUUAAGGAUGAAUCAUCUAACAUUCCAAUUGAAAUCCUUCAGAGAUUUAACAAUCUCAAAAAACUGAUACUACGAUCGAGUUCAUAUAAAGAGAUAUUCUCAUGUGAAAAAGACGAGAAACAUGUAAGCAUGCUCACACAAAUAAAGAAGCUAGAGUUAUGGGGGCUUUUCAAUUUGGAGUACAUGUGGAAAGAAAAAUCCCAUCAGGACUCAAUUCUUCAAAAUCUUGAAAUGUUACAAGUAAAUUUUUGCCACAAUCUGAUUAGGAUAGUGCCAUCUUCAACAACUUUUGAAAAUCUAGUAACUCUAAAUGUGCGGUGUUGUGAUGGAUUGAUAGACUUAGUAUCAUCUUCAACAGCCAAAAGUCUAGUGCGACUUGAACAACUGAGAUUGUCACGAUGCAAAAUGAUGGAAGAAGUAGUAUCAAGUGAGGGGGGUACAAAAGUUGAGGAAAUUGUUUUUGACAAAUUAAAGCUACUGUCACUUGUUAAUCUAAAAAAUCUCACAAGCUUCUGCUCCGGGAAUUACAUCUUCAAAUUUCCAGCUUUGGAAGAAUUGAUAGUUUGGGAAUGCCACAAUAUGAAGACUUUCUUUGAAGGAGUCUUAAGUGUACCAAGUUUACGAAAAGUAAAACAGGAAUUGUAUGACAAAUUAGGAUGCUGGGAGGGUGACCUUAACACUACUAUUCAAUUUCUACACAGAAAAAAGUGAAUAUUCAGAGUUCUGAAAGGAUACAGAGCUAACUCCAAUGAAAUCUCUUGAAUAAGGCUCUUUCGUUUGUGGUUUGUGAGGCAUUAUUGCGGCUCAAGUUUCCGGUGUUGAGCAAUUCUGGAAUCAUCCUUUCUGUCGCAAAGCUCUCUCCUGGCCAUGCAGCUUAUCGUCACUUGGCAAGCUAUCAAAAUGGGAAGUUUGUGCUUGCAUACUGCAAUUUUCCUUGCGUUGAUUUAUUGGAACUUGCAAAGGCAUUUCUGUCCAAGGUCAAAUAUCAGAGCCGAGCUCUAAAUCAAUUUCAAUUGAUAUUUUUGUUUAUCUUGUCCAGCUUCUGGUUCCAGGUGUUCUGCUCCAUAAUAGAAUGUGAAUCCUCUGCUUCCUUGGUUCCCUGUAUUGUCCUGUCUUUCCAGAACCAACCUCUGCAACUGCUUACCUGCUGUGCUUGUCAUGGGAUUACGGCUGCUGUAGGUUUCUUCUGCAGGAUCCAAUCCCAGAUUUUCUCUACUGCUCUCCUGCUUUCUCUGGUUCACUGUAGCAGCUUAACUUUUCUGCUUCCCGGUUUUCACUGCAAUAGAAUCCUUCUAAUGCAGUCUGUUCCAGAUUUUAUUCUUCUCCAGUGCUCCAGUCUGUAUGACUGAAUUUAUUCUUCUACUGCCUUCCUUCUACUGCUUGCGGAGUUCUACUAUGGAGAUUUAUUUUUGCUGUGUUCCUCUUGAGCUGUUUUUUUCUGGAGCUGAAGUCUGCACAAGAAAGCUGUCUGUGCAGUUCUUGGAAGAAGCAAGCACUACCAGUCUGCCUGCUUCUUCGCCUUUCCUGAUUGUGCAGCAGUGCAGCCAUUUGGGUGAAAUCCUGCCAAUGUCCAAGCUGCCCGGGAAUAGCAGCAUUGAUCACCUCAUCCUUGCAGUUCUAGUUUUUUUCCCAGGUGCUACAAUUAGACAGAAGCAGGCCUUGCUCUGCAUAUUUUCAGUCAGCAGCAGUUCCUGCCCAGGCCAUUCUAGAACUUUUCCAGGUGCAGAAGUCAGGCAGAAGCUGAUCAAAUUAUGUAAAUUUCGUGCUGGGCUUCUUUCUCCUGUUUCAGCUGCUGCUUCGACCAUCUGUGAGAGUGCAAUUUUUUUUCUGGAUGUUUGUUGCUCCUCCCCGGUCCUGCAGCAUUUGCAUUAUGCAGGUGUAGGUCUGAGUGAUCAGAAUCCUGGAGGAUCUACUUUGUUGCUGGCUUGGAAGAAGGCACCCAGCUGGUUUAGCCUCAAAAUUAAAGUUUCGUUUUUUAUAAUAUAGGGUGUUGGCUUCCCUACAGAGUUGUCAGGAUGUUUAGCUCCCUUAGAACUAAUACAAAUGCAAUUUUUUGUGUGUUGUUUGGGUGAGAAAUUUUGUAUAGCAUAGACAAACCUGCACAUGUACUUGUAAAGGUAGGUGAUAUAAAGGUUUUGUUCGAUUC